AUGAUUUUAGUGGAUAGCACGAACAAAUCAUUUGAAGAAGUUUCUGGAAAAGGUGAAAGUACUGAUAACUUGAAACCCUAUAAAUGUGAAUUAUGCAAUAAAACAUUCUCAGCAAAACGAAGCUUAAUCCGGCAUGAAACGAAUCAUAAUGGAGAACGGCCUCAUGAGUGCAACAUAUGCAGUAAAAGAUUUUCACGGUCAAGUAGUUUAAGACAGCAUUCAUUGAUUCAUACUGGUGAACGCCCUCAUAUUUGCGAAAUAUGUAAUGAAAAAUUCAGAUUGAAAAAAAACUUAAAUGAACAUAAAGUGGUUCAUACUGGAGUACGCCCUCAUGAGUGCGUGAUAUGCGAAAAAACAUUUUUAGGGUCAAGGGAUUUAAGAAGACAUAUGUUAGUGCAUACUGGAGAACGCGCUUAUGAUUGUGAAAUAUGCAAUAAAAAAUUCAAAACAAAACCACACUUAGUUAAACAUAAAGUGGUCCACACUGGAGAACGACCUUAUGAGUGCGAUAUAUGCAAUCAAACAUUUACACAGGCAAGUAGUUUAAGCACACAUUUAUCAGUGCAUACUGGUGAACGUCCUUACGCAUGUGAAAUAUGUAAUAAAACGUUCAGAAUGAAAAACAUGUUAAAAAGACAUAAAGCGACCCAUUCUGGAGAACGCUCUUAUGAGUGCAACUUAUGUAAUAAAACAUUUUUAAGGUUAAGUGAUUUAAAAGUACAUUUAUUAGUUCAUACUGGAGAACGGCCUCAUGAGUGUGAAAUAUGCAAUAAAAGAUUUGCACUGAAAAGUCAUUUAAGAAAGCAUUUAUCAGUGCAUAGUGCAGAAAGACCUUAUAAAUGUGAGACAUGCAAUAAAACAUUCAAAACGAAAGAUAUAUUAAGGCUACAUGAAAAAAAACAUACUAGGAAACAAACUGUAAAAAAACAGACAACAAAUUAG